AUGCCACCCCGCCGCGCUCGCAACGCUGACGGUGCCGUCCGUGGCCCCACGUCAGCUCUAACCUCCUUCCUGGCUGGCCUUGGGGUCGAAGCACCCAACACAAACCCAUACGCGCGCAGAGAAGAGACCGCAGACGAGGCCCCACUUCCAGUGGAGGAAGUAUCUGCGCGUCCAUCCAAGCGCCGUCGCGCGGUUUCGGUCGACUCGGACGACCUCGAUGCUGAUGGUGGCGGCGACGAUGAUGAUGGCUCCAGCCCUGGGCCGAGUGGGAGCGCUACCCCGAGCGGCGCGACAUCAAGUGUUGCUCCUUCGACACUCAAGGAUAUUGGGGAGAUGAUGGAGUGCGGCGAGUGCGGGAAGCGGUUUCCGGUGACUCAAUACACCAAGGAACACCCACGCAAACCCAGAACAUGGCUCUGCACGCCGUGCUGCAGGCCUCUAGGGAUCGACCCCUACGCCAAGCCCAAGAAGCCGCGUGCCAAGGCUGCUGCGGUCCCUCAGAGGCAGAAGAAGGACGCGCGUAACAAGAUUGUGCACUACGAGGUGACCAAGGGUGCCCCGGCGCUGUCCGAGAUGUGCAUUGACAUCAUCUGCCAGUAUAUCGAGGACGUCGAUGCUCUCGGAGAGAUCGGAAGAGAUAGAAUGGACCGCGUCUGCAAGGUGAUUUCCAAGAGCCGCCGCCUCACGCCCGAGACUGCCAAGUUGUUCUACUCGGCCGGUCGGACUGAGUUGACGAUGUACGAUGUCACAAAUCUGGACCACAACGCGUUCGUCACUCUUGGCACGCUCUGUCCCAAUCUCGAGAGCCUCAAUCUGCAGUACUGCGGGCAGAUGAUGACGGACACGCUCGUGCACUGGGCGAAGCAGUUGCGCAAACUCAAGGAUCUUGAGCUUUUUGGACCGUUCCUCGUUCGCAAGCAGGGCUGGAUCGAGUUCUUCAAGGCGCGCGGAAACGUGCUGGAGUCGUUCAGCGUGACGCAGUCGCCUCGCAUCGACCUUGAGACCAUGGAAGUGCUUGUCGAGGAGUGUCCCAACCUGCGUGUCUUAAAGCUUGAAGAGAUCGGGCAGCUCGACUCGGACUUUCUCGUCCCCAUCGCCAAGCUGAAGAAACUCGAGUCGCUGGCCAUCAUCUCCCCAGGCGGUACCCCGAUCAGUGAUGCAGCGAUGGACGAGCUUCUCGCAGCCAUAGGGAAGAACCUCACGUCGCUUGACCUGCGCAACAACACCGAACUGGGCGACGAGACGCUCACCUCGAUCGCCAAGCACUGCCCGAAACUCACGCACCUCUCCCUCGCCCACGUUGGCCUGAGCGACGCCGCGGUCGGGCGCUUCUUCUGGGCACUCAAAGCGAAGCACAGACCUGGCCUCGUCCACGUCGACCUGGAGAAAGGCCACGACCUUGCACAUGAGGCUCUCACCGCGCUCAUCGCGCAGUCGGGCAGCACCGUCCGCUGGCUCAGCCUCCUGGGAUGGCGCAACGUGCCCGCAGACGACGUCGCAGCGCUCGCCGCUUGCCCUAAUCUUGCGUAUCUUGACAUUGGGUGGUGCCGGCAUGUCACGGACUUUACACUUAAGGACCUCCUUGACGGAUGCCCGGCCCUCACGAAUGUCCGCGUGUGGGGUUGCAACAAUUUGACUGACCGCGUGCCGCGCCGGCGUGGCGUCAAAGUGGUUGGCAUCGAGACGCACGCGAUUUGA